CGGGCCGAGCGCACGGACCCGCCCGAACCGCGCCGAACCGAGCUCGGCCCGCCCGCGCCGGGCCGCGCCCGCCCGAGCCCGCCCGAACCGGGCCGGGCCGAGCCCGCCCGAACCCAGUGCAGCCGAGCCCGGCCGAACCCGGCCCGACCGAACCGCGCCGAACCCGGUCGAGCCCGCCCGAGCUCGGCCGAGCCGGGCCGGGCCGAACCGAACCAGCCGAACCGAACCGAACCGAAGCGGGCCGAACCCCGCCGAACCGAACCGGCCGAGCCCGGCCGAGCCCAGCCGAGCCCGGCUCAGCCCAGCCGUUCCGAACGGAGCCGAACCGUUCCGAGCUGUUCCGAGCGGCGCCGAGCGCGGGGCGGGGGCUCGGUCCCCCCCGGUCUCUCCGUGACUAAAUAAGGCCGAUGGCGCGGCGCGCACCGGGCGGGUAGAGCGGGGGGGGGCUCGGCCCCUCCGGCUCCCCGCCCCGGACCCCCCCGGCCCCGCAGCACCGCACCGGGGCGGGCGGGGUCCGGCCCCGGGCGGGGAGGCCCCCCCCGCUCCCCGGGCCCCCGGAGCGGCGCCGUCCUUGGCUCAAGGGCAGCGGGACCCCCCGCGGCGCGGGGCCCCCCCCCGGGCCGGCCCCCCCGCCCCGCCGGCGCUGCCCAUGGGCCCGGCACGAUGCCGGUGCGGCGGGGGCACGUCGCCCCCCAGAACACCUUCCUGGACACCAUCAUCCGCAAGUUCGAGGGGCAGAGCCGCAAGUUCAUCAUCGGGAACGCGCGUGUGGAGAACUGCGCCGUGAUCUACUGCAACGAGGGGUUCUGCCGGCUCUGCGGGUACUCGCGGGCCGAGGUGAUGCAGCAGCCCAGCACCUGCGACUUCCUGCACGGGCCCCGCACCCAGCGCCGCGCCGCCGCCCAGAUCGCACAGGCCCUGCUGGGCGCCGAGGAGCGCAAGGUGGAGAUCUGCUUCUACCGCAAGGAUGGCAGCUCCUUCCCGUGCCUGGUGGACGUGGUGCCAGUGAAGAACGAGGAUGGCACCGUCAUCAUGUUCAUCCUCAACUUCGAGGCUGUGAGGGAACCUGAGCCUGGGGAGGCCCCGACCCCCAGCACCAACCACUGGGUCACCCCGGCCCCCUGGGGCCCUGCAGGACGCAGCCGGUCCCUGCGGCUGAAGCUGCUGGCGCUCACGGGCAGCCGCCAAUCGCUGCCCCCCGAGCCACCAGAGCCGCCGGACGUGGUGGUCGUGGACCCCGGGGUCAUGGAGCCGCUGGCCAUGGACCUGGCCCUGCCUGCCAGCGACUCGGGCCCCGAGGACGCCUCAUCCUCGCUGGAGCCCGGUGUCGGGGACCGUCCCGAGGACGAGGCGGCGCUGAUGGGGAACCCCGAGGCGCCGGUGACACAGUCAUCCCCGCGGGCCGAGCGCCUGGCGCUGGCCUUUGCCAACCACAGCCUGGCCAGGAGCCGGUCUCGGGAGCGCCGGUCCCGGGAGAGCCUCCGCAGCCUGCGCCGGGCGUCCUCCGUCGAUGACAUCGAGGCCAUGAAGGGCGACGGGGACAAGCGCGGCCACAACCGCCACGCCAGCGCCGGGGCCGGCCUGCACCGCGGCUCCAGCACCGGCGCGGUGGCCGCUGUGCGCAGCGCCCUGCUCAACUCCACGUCGGACUCGGACCUGGCGCGGUUCCGGGCCAUCGGCCGCAUCCCCCAGAUCACCCUCAACUUCAUGGACCUGCAGCCGGGGGGGCUCCUGGCCCCGCCCCCGGCCCCCCGCCCCAUCAUUGCCCCCACCAAACUGCGCGACCGCACCCACAACGUCACCGAGAAGGUGACACAGGUGAGACCCGGCCGGGGGACGCGGGGACAGGUCACACAGGUGACAGGGGUUGGGCGGUGCUGAGGUGGCUGGGGUGCACCGAGGCGUCCGGACAUCUCGGUGGUGAUGUGGCCAGGCUGUGACACGAUGGCCAAGCGGUGACAAAGUGUCCGAGCAGUGACGAGAUGUCCGGGCA